UACCCCCUCCAAUCCAAGGUAGUAUACGAAACCUGAUAUCAGACGGUAAACUGCGAAAAGGUCAAUUUUGUCCCCCUUCGAUCCAAUCUAGUAUGGGAAACCAGAUAACAGAAGAUAACAGAAGAUAAACUCCUUUAUCACAGUCAUAAAAGAAUUAGGAUUAAGCGGUAAAUCCCUAGUCAAAUAGGACAAGGCUACCUACACCUUUCCCUUCCCCACACGGAAAUAGGAAUUGAUGCCUAUAUAUAUGACGCUCACGACGGGAAGAAAAGCAUAAUAGUUUAAGCUUUCUCCUCUCCCCUGCACAGAGCACCAUUAGCGAUUCAAGAGACCCUAUUUAGGUUCUAGGUUAGCCUUUCUCUUCUCCUUGCAGAGAGCGACGUUAGCGAUUCAGCUUGUUUAAGCUUUACGCUUUCUCCUCCCGUGCAGAGUGCAAAGUUAUUGAUUUAGGGCUUUCUUGUUUUUCUAACCUUCCACUUUAAGAUCUUACGCGGUAAGAUCUUAGGGUUUUGGUUGUUUUUUAACUCACCAGUAAGCAGAUUAUGGAGAAGAUGACAUUGGAUUCGAAGGAAUAUGAGUUGAAGAAGAACAGUAUGAGAAAGAUGUACGAGAGCUUGCACUCCCAAGCAUCUUCCAUGCUAGUCUUCACCCUUCAGUGGAAGGAACUGGAGGGAUGCUUAGAUUCGAUCCGGGAUGCGACCCAGACCCGACUCGAAGAGCUCCAUGAACGAGAGCAGCAGUUGGAUGCCAAAGAGUUAAAGAUGGAGUCCAAAGCAAAUGAGUUCCAGGAACGAGAGAAGCAGUUGGAGGCCAAAGAGUUAAAGAUCCAGUCCGAAGUCAAUGAGGCGUUUGGACUCGAAAAGCUGAUUAAGGAGAAACAAACAGAGGCUCUAGACAGCAAGAACUACUUGAAUUCGCUCCAGUUAUUGAUCAAAGAGCAUACCGAAUCAGAGAAAGAGCUUGGAGCCAAGGAAAGACAAAUAGAGAGACGAAUUCAAGAAUUGAAUGGGGUUGAGAGGAAUAUAGAAGAGAAGUUGAAGAAAUCUCGUGAGGAACUGAAUCAGAUUCAGAGGGGGAUUAAGGAGCAGGGUGUAGAAUUUGAUUUGAAAGAAAAGCAAAUUAAAGUGAAAGAGGAGAAAUUGAAUCGGAUUGAGAAGAAUAUCGAAGAGAAGUUGAAAUUGGCAAUUGAGGAGGAGAAGAAAGCAUUUGAUCCGAAACAAGAGCGUGUUACAGAAGAGCAGAAACUGAGAGAGGAGAGACUGCAAGAGGAGGAGAAGUUGAAAGAGCACAAGAAAUCAGUAGUGGAUGCCUCUAAGACACUCAAGUCAAGAGAGGAAAUAAAGAGGGAACUAGAACUGAAAGUGAAAGAUCAUUGCUCGAGAAAGAAAUCAAUGGAGGAGUGGUCCUGUAAUCUCGAACGUAAAGAGAGAGAAUUAGAAUUGAAAGAGAAGCAAGUUUUGUCAAAAGCAGAGGAACUUGACUCGCUUAAUAAAAGGACCCUCAAUGAGUUUCAGUUGAUGGAAAAGGAACUUAGUUCAGUCGAAAGUACGAUACAAGAACGUGAAAAGAAAUUGGAAGCAGCCUCCCACCGACUUCAAGUGAAAGAGAGGCAACUUGAACUGAAAAGUGAAACAAUGGAAAAGUUGCAGCAAGAAUGCAAAAAGCAACUUGAAGCGAGAGAGAGACAACUUGAAGUAAAAGGUGGUACAAUGGAAAAAUUGCAUCAAGAACGCGAAAAGAAACUUGAAGUGAAAGAGAGACUACUUGAAGAGCAGAGCAAAGAGCUUGAAUUGACAAAGAAACAAUUUGGUUGUCAAAUGAAAGUAAAAAGUGAGCCACUGGAAAAUACCCCAGCUGCUAACAAUGCCAUUGUUUCUUCAUCUGCAAGUGAUCAUUCCAAAAUCAAUAUCAGGGAUGGUAGAGGCUUGCAACUAUUCAUGUAUGAGCAUAUGAAGAGAAAUGAUUCAGUGAGCAAAGAAAUCUCAGCUGUUCUUCAACAAGAGUCAUUAGAGCCAGCAAAAUUGGUUUUGGAUGCAAUGGCAGGGUUUCACCCUUCAAAUUCGACUGUGGACAAUAGGGAGUUUGAUUUGGUAAUUAUUAGAAGGACAUGUAUUCUUUUGUUGGAAGAGUUAAAGAGAGUCUCGGCGCAAAUUAAUCCUCAGGUGAGAGAACAAGCAAUAAAGUUGGCCGGUGAUUGGAAGGCUAAGAUGACGGUGGGGACUGAGAAUUGGUUAGAGGUUUUGGGAUUUUUGCGGCUUGUUACUACAUAUGAAUUGACCUCUGCCUAUGAUGCAAAUGAGCUUCAAGGUCUUCUUGAUAUAGUAGCUCAACAUGAACAAGCAACUGAAUUAUCCCGAGCCCUUGGUACCACAGAUAAGGCAGCUCCUGAUGUCGAAACUAAGAAUGCGAAAAGUUCUGCAGCAGCAAUCUUUUCUUCUCCUAAUCUUCAACCAGCUACCACUGUCCCAGCUAAUGCUAUUAUUGCUAUUCAGAAUUUUAUUAGAGAGAAGAAACUGGUGAAGGCUUAUGGACGCAUUCACAAAUUCAAGUUAUUAGACAAGUUCCCUCCAGCUCAAGUCUUAAAAGAAUAUGUUGAGAAGGCCAUGAAGUGCAUGGAAAAUAGCGAGAGAAAAGACAUGCUCCAUCAACAGGAUGAGGUUGUAGACGAAGGAAUAUCUGAUCUACGACGUGCUAUUGAAUGCAUCAAAUAUCACAACCUUGAGUCGGAAUACCCUUCCGAGAGCAUUGAGAAACAAAUAGUUGUGCUACAGAAAUUUAUGGAGGAUCGGAAAAAACAAAAUCAGAAAAAACGCUUAUGCAGCACAAUUGAUUCCAGCUUUCAACAGCAGGAACAUAAAUUUCAGCGGACAUCCUUAUCAGCGGGAAGACCAUAUGGAUUGCACCCAGUCUAUCCGAAUCCAGGUUCAUCAUUUUACAAUGGACAGUUUAGUAUUCCUUCCAACAAUCCCGUGCAGUUUAGCAUGCCUGCCAACGGCGUUAAUUAUGAGUUCCCUAGAAUAUAUCCAUUCCCUCCAUACCCUCGCCCUCUUGUAUAUAGACACCCUGGGUAUGGCCUUCAAAAGCCAUAUUGAGAUUUCUAAUCUGAUCAGAUGCAUUUUCCUAACUCAUUGUUCUAACUUACUGACUUGCAUGGUCUUUUUGUAUCUUCAUGUAAUUUACACUUCCACAUAUGUAGUUUGCAUACAUAUAGAUCCACCAUGGUUUU